AAAAAUAAAAGAUCCCACAUGGACAGUCUGUAAUGAACUACUGAGUGUAUUUCGCAGCAAAUCUUAUUAACUUGUUGCAUCAUAGUAAUAUUCCUCUCUCUCUCCUUCAACUAGGGGAUCCUUUCUCUCUCCAUCUCUCGAGAACUCGUCUGUUUUGUUUGCUCCUCUCCACUCCCUUCUAUCUGUAAUGGCCUCCCUUCUGGAAUCGGGCUGGCAGUAUCUAAUCACUAAUUUUAGUGAUUUUCAACUCGCUUGUUUAGGAAGUUUCUUUCUCCACGAAAGUGUAUUUUUCUUCUCCGGACUUCCUUUCAUAUUUCUUGAAAGGGCAGGCUACCUGAAAAAGUACAAAAUUCAGGAGAAAAAUAACACCCCUGCUGCGCAAGAGAAAUGCAUUGCAAAAUUAGUGAUGUAUCAUUUUGGUGUCAACUUACCGGUUAUGAUUUUAUCCUACCCAGUCUUCAGAUAUAUGGGAAUGGAAAGUAGUCUGCCAUUGCCGUCCUGGAAAGUAGUGUUGGCGCAAAUAUUGUUCUAUUUCAUCCUGGAGGAUUUUGUGUUCUAUUGGGGCCACAGAAUCUUACAUACAAAAUGGCUAUACAAGCAUGUCCACAGCGUUCAUCAUGAAUACGCCACACCAUUUGGACUGACGUCAGAAUAUGCUCACCCUGCUGAGAUAUUGUUUCUUGGCUUUGCUACCAUCAUCGGUCCUGCUAUUACUGGGCCUCACUUGUUCACUUUAUGGUUAUGGAUGGUAUUAAGAGUUCUAGAAACAGUGGAGGCACAUUGUGGAUAUCAUUUCCCAUGGAGCAUCUCAAAUUUGUUCCCGUUGUAUGGAGGUGCGGAUUUCCAUGACUAUCACCACCGUCUGCUUUAUACAAAGUCUGGCAAUUACUCAUCAACUUUUACAUACAUGGAUCGGAUAUUCGGAACUGAUACGGGUUACAGGAGAUUGAAGGCACUCAAGGUCGAAGCUGAAGAAGGAAACAAGAAAAUAUAACAAGUUAAUUUUGUGGGGAGGGGCUUCUUCUUCACGUCAACGAGGAAGGGUGUCGUUCUGGGUUAGAGAGAAAGAGAGCAUUUUCGGAAAGGUCUCUUUCUUUCUUCCCUUUUUUUUAAUCUUGUUGUGAAUUGUUUUGUUUAAUUCGUAGAAGCAGGUUCUUAUUUUUUUAUGUGUGCAGAGAUAAUUGUGAAAUAUUUGGAAAAGAUUUGUGGACAUAUUGUGAUCCUUAAACCUCUCGACUCUGCAUCAAUGAAAGAUUUCGCCUUCUUCUUGUCCUCCCAAAAA